GUGGGGAGAAAGGAGAGCGAGGAGUUUAGACUUCUGCACCGUUUCCUCUCUCUUCAGUCUGUCUGUCGUUUUGUUUGAAGCGCAUUGUCUCUCUUCUCUUUUCUCCCCUGUUUUUCUCAAGCUGGUCAUCUCCAGAAUGAAUAGAAGGCUUGUACUUACAGUCCUGGCCCUGAAUGUUGGUGGACAAACAUUCCCCGUUGGACUUCUGCCUCUGUGAUUAGUAACUACCGCAUGACAUUAACCAAUGAAAUCAAGGUAUCCACCUCCCAACCUCUCACACCAUCAAACUCCACUCCUGCUACCUUCAUUCCCCCUGCUCCCACCACUUCCUGUGUGUGUAAAGUCUCCACUUCCUGUUCCUCUCCGACCCAGCCCGAGUCUCCGCCACCUGCGCUGGGUGUUAUCAAGGUCAAAUGGGAAGAAGAGUCCUGUAAGGGGGACGUACACCUGUCUCUCCUCUCGUCCCAUUCCUUGCCAGUCUGCUUUAACAGUCUUACCCAUCGUAGCCUUCAUCGCGCAGGGCUGUGUAAGAGGAAGGGCUGCGAGGGCUCCCCAAAGUGGACUAAGAUCAAUCCUAAAGCUUUGGGUUACCAGAUCAGUACGAAUGGAAGUGUUGCCAACAACCCCUGUACAACACUGGGGAUCCAAUGCGAAGUCGUCUCAGAUCAGUUAGUGGGCUAUAAGGUGGUGACUGGUCUGCUGUGUGUUCUGGUGCUGGUGGUGCUGAUGGUGCGUUUCGGGCAGCCCUCCCUCAAGGCCCUCCGUAGGAGACUGUCAGACAAGAGGCAGAGUCGGUGGAUCGGACCUACGCAGAGCCAAAGUGUCUCCUACCAUAGAGGGAAGGCUGGACUCCAACUUAACGACAACACAGACAAGAGACACUCCUACCCUGGAUUGGAGAGGCUGACGGUGAACACCAGCCGAGAGCCUUCGUCUAACAGAAACAGUGAUUACGACUCUUAUAACUUGUGAUCAUCAUCAUCAUCAGUCAUAUCCUUCAUCCACAAUGACAAUACACUGUACAUGUAUUUUUUAUAUUUUAUUAUAUUUUUAAUAUUUUUAUGCUAAUUGUAAUAUUUUUUUAAGCACAUAAUAUCAUUUUUGGGGGGUGUUUCUGUACGUAAUUCAGUCAUUCACUUCUUUUAUUGAAUAAACAUAACGUUUGUUGUUGAAUAAAA